AUGUUUGGCAGACCCGAUGCGUCACAGGGCUUUGGCCAUGACGAGGAACCGUUCGAUCAGGACGACUCCGAUCGCAAGGACCAUGUGAGCUCACCUUGGAACUCUGACUUUGGUGUGGGGUCUAAUUUUGGAGAGGGUGAGAGAGAUGAGUCAUGGUCGCAUGUGGAGCCGGUGGCAUCAGAUGAGGCUCGUUGGUAUCAGGAUGCAAGGGUCGACGAUUCGGCUGAGCCGUGCCAGCCGAGUGCGAGCAAGUGUAGGAGGACCGCUUGGAAAGAUCCUGCACCCGUGCACCCGGCAGUGGCACAGGCUCUCUUUGAGGAGAAGAGGAAGUCUUCGAUCAGACUCCCUUGGGAGUCGGGUUUUGGCAAAUCAAUUUUUGGGAGCAUCGGGAAUCCGCUCGUGGCCAUCCCAUUCCAUCUCCCCACGAUUGGGCGAUCAGACAUGUUUGCUCAGAUUGCGGUGUCUUCGUCUGCAGGUUCUGAUCCAACUUGGUACAAAGAAAACCCUUUUAGAGCCAGACGACUUUUCGCCACGAGGAUGGCGAGAUCGGAGGAUCAGCUUCGUUCGGCUGCACUGGCCCGGAUUAAGGAGAUCGUCCUGUACGAUCCCAAUGACUCUAAGCUGGGGCGGUCAUUGUUGGAGACCAGUGGAAUGCUUGUUCCUGAACACCAACUUGCCAUGACCUUCAUGGAUGCCUUUGCCAGGAAGUCUACGAGUACUCUUUCCAAGAGGUCAUGUGAUUACUUGAGGUUCCCCCGCUGGCAGGUCCAGGACAAUCAUGCUAGACCUUUGAAUGCUGUUGAGAAUGACCUGUACCUCUAUGUUUGUUAUCUGCGAGACGCUGAGUGUGCUCCCACGGCGCCCGCUGCAUUCAUUUCGUCAUGGAGGUUCUUUCACUACAUGACCGGCAGCAACGCUGUCCCUGACAUCAUUUCGCAGCGAAUUGAGGGUGCCGCGCACUCCUGCUAUCUCAAGAAGGCUCCAUUGAGACAGGCGCCGCCUCUGAAAGUUCCCAUUGUCAUGAGAAUGGAGGUGAUUGUCUUCGAGGGGUCGGACUUACACGCUACCAUAGCGGGGUUCGCACUGUUCUGCUUGUUCUCGGUUGCCCGAUGGUCCGAUGCGGCCAAGGCUACCGAUCUCACCAUCGAGAGCCACGGAGCUGUGUGUCUUGUGGAGGCUGUUAUGUUGGGUCACAAAACAGCCAAGCUUGCAGACGAUCGGGCCACUUUCAUGCCCCUCAUUGCCCUUGGGCACACCUUCUCUUCGGAGCCGUGGGCCUCAGCAUGGAUGUCAGCGCGAACCCGAUCAGGAGUUGACGCCAAAAACAUCCUUAUGCCAGCGUGGUCGGAGCAAGCCGAGAUGUGGUUGGAUAGGCCCAUGACUUCAGCGGAAGGGUGUGCGUGGCUUCAAGAGAUUCUCGCAGUCGAUGCCGAUGAGUCUUGGAACCUCGACAGAGUCACGACCCAUGCCUUGAAAUCCACUCCGUUGUCAUGGGCCACAAAGAGCGGUCGAUUUGAUAAGCAUGAAAAGCGCAUUCUGGGGCACCACUCCGCCCCCGACGAGCGAAUGAUCAUCACAUACGGGAGAGACGUGAUGGCCCCAGUCUUGUCGAAGCUCCAGCAUCUGAUUGACCUAAUCCGUACGGACAGGUUUGAUCCAGACCUGUCCCGGUCUGAAAGGAUGGCGAACCUUGUGGAACGAUUCCACGAUGAGGAUCGUCGGGUCGAAGACCUGAAAAGGUUUGAUGAUUCUGAACAGUCAGAUGUGUCAUUUGCAGACCACGUCGGCAUCGAUGAGCGCCCCAGCCUGGUGCCAGGGAUGUCUGAUCGCCCUGAGCCGCCAGAGACGGGCACCUUCGUCCGACAUCGGAUCUCAUCCAUUGUGCACGCUGUCAUGGUCCCAGCCUCACUGUUGAGAUGCGGGAGACCCUUGAACAGCAACUACGAUGCGUGCAAUUUCGACCCCCAGCAGCCGCGCGAGGACAUCUUCUGCGAACAGUGCAGAUUGGCGCGAGUCCUGGGGGAUUAG